CAGGAAAUUGAUCGUUUUAUUAACAAUAAAUGAUUUUUCAAAAAUUAUGAAUCAAAUAGAAUGUUUAACUUCAAAUAAACUAGCAAAUCUUUAUAUAAAUACAACAGAAUCUCAUAUGACUCGAAAAAACAGACAGAAAAUUAGACAAGAAAAGAAAAAAAAAGAAUUAGAAAGAAUAAAGAAUGAAGCAUCUCUUGAUGAAGAAUCAUCUAUUGAUAUGAGAAAAUUUGAAAAAGAUAUUAUUUCUUCAAUUAUUGAAAAAAUGUCAUUUGAAGAAAAAGAUAUUAUUCCUGACGGACAUUGUCUAUAUAGGGCAUUCUCUGACCAACUUGCUGUUCGACAUGAUAUUCAUAUAGAUUAUCUUCAACUUCGUACAGUAGCAGCAUCUUAUAUUCGGGAACAUGAACAGAGUUUUAUCCCGUUUCUUUUUAACGAUGAAACGGGGGAAAUAAGGGAUGUAGAAUCAUAUUGUAAUGAUAUCGAACAUACAGCGAUGUGGGGAGGAGAAGUAGAAAUUAUCGCACUGGCACGGGCAUAUAAAGUAAAUGUAGAAUUAAUACAGAUGAAAGGAUUGCCAUUGAAAAUUAAUUUCGAUCCGGAUGGAGAAACAUCAUUUUCGCAAAAUAAAAAUACAAUCAAGUUAAGUUAUUACCAACAUAUGUACGCACUAGGCGCACAUUAUAAUUCGUUAAGAGAUAAAGUUAAAAAUAAAUAAUAUCUAUAAUUAAUUAAUAAUUAUAAAAAAUGUUUAACCUUUACU